AUGGAUUUUAACGCCGGAGUUCCCAUGUCCUCUCUUUCACCUCUGAUAAAUCAAGAUGUAAUGUGGCAAAUGAAUAUGAGUUCAGAUGAAACAAUGGAACCAGGUUCGUACCCAGAGAGACCAGGAGAGCCGAAUUGUUCUUAUUACAUAAGGACAGGACUUUGUAGAUUUGGCUCAACUUGUCGGUUCAAUCAUCCUCGUGAUCGUGAACUGGUUAUAGCGACUGCAAGGAUGAGAGGAGAGUACCCAGAAAGAAUUGGUCAGCCUGAAUGCGAGUACUAUCUGAAGACAGGAACAUGCAAGUUUGGAGUGACAUGUAAGUUUCAUCAUCCGAGGAACAAAGCUGGGGUUGCUGGAAGAGUCUCACUUAACAUGUUAGGCUAUCCUCUACGCUCGAAUGAAGUUGAUUGUGCUUAUUUUCUAAGAACUGGACACUGUAAAUUUGGUGGGACGUGUAAAUUCAACCACCCUCAGCCUCAGGCUCAAGCAACAACCAACAUGAUGGUUCCUACUUCAGGGCAACAACAGUCUUAUCCUUGGUCUAGACCCUCUUUUAUCGCCAACCCUCCUCGAUGGCAAGAUCCCUCUACCUUCGCUCCCUUACUUAUGCCUCAAGGCGUUGUUUCUGUUCAAGGAUGGAACCCUUACAGCGGUCAGAUGGGCGCAGUUUCUCCAUCAGGUACUGGAAAUGAACAAAACUACAGAAACUUACAGCAGAACGAAGCCAAAGACUCAGGCUCUCAGUCUCAAGGCUCAUUCUCAGGUUUCAAUUCAGGAUUCUACGCAUUGCCGAGGGAGAAUGUAUUCCCGGAGAGACCAGGACAACCGGAAUGCCAAUUCUACAUGAAGACAGGUGACUGCAAAUUCGGCACAGUCUGCAAAUUCCAUCAUCCAAGAGAUAGACAAGCUCCUCCUCCUGAUUGUCUCUUAAGUCCUCUCGGCCUCCCUUUACGCCCGGGAGAGCCAUUGUGUGUGUUCUAUACACGGUACGGAAUCUGCAAAUUUGGUCCAAGCUGUAAAUUUGAUCACCCAAUGAGAGUGUUCUCAUACGACAACGCAGCUUCAGAGACGGACGAGGUUGUGGAAACAUCAAGUGGGCAUGCCAGAAGAGUCUCUGUGUCUGAAACAAGACAAGCAGCAACUACAACAACCUCUGGCAAAGACACUAGUACCACCAUUGAUACACAGCAGUGA